UCUCUCUCUCUCUCUUUUUCUUUCUUUUUUUUUCUUUUUCUCUCUCUCUCUCUUUAUCCGCCUUUACAGAAAAUCGAGAAUUUAGAAGUACGACUGGAGCAUAUCCGAAUGAUGCAAAUUAAUGCAAAUAUUGCACGCAUGAAAUACCGUUCAGUCUGCUCUGAAUUAAAAGAAAAAUCGGUCUUUUACGCUUUUUCCUUAAAAGAUUUGGAAGACAGUAUAAAGCAACAGGAAAAUGAGAUCAAGCGGUUAAAGGGAGUGAAGAAGGAAGCGAUAGAAUUGAAAGACAGCACUCAAGAGACUCUGGUGAAAGAGGAAAUUGAAGAGACAAAUUCCAGCAAAAAACGCGACUCCAUCAUCAAGGAGUACAGGCAACGCGUGUCGGAACGAAAGAUGGAAUUGGAGCGGUUGGAGCGUAUGAUAUUCCAUACUCGUCCGCGAGACGAUUUCGAAACACGUGGGAAAAGUGUACAGGUACAAGAGGACAUGAUCAAGGACGAACUGACGCGAUUGGAGCAGGCGUUCGCCAAGCUACGGAGCGCCACCGGAGUGUCCAGGUCCGAGGAAGUUCUGAACCGGUUUCUGGGUCAGCAGGCGACCAAAGAGAGUCUACAGAAAAUGCGAACUGCAACGGAGCAGGAAAAGAUAAUGUUGGAAAAGAAGAGACAGGAGCUCAAUGUUGAAAUAGAGACAAGGAAAUUUUCGGAAACAAAAAACGCCGAACAAAACGCGGAAAUAAUGGCAAAACUCAACUCGCAAAUCGAUGAACAGCGAUUUCGCAGAGAAAGAGCCGAGCGUGCAAGUCAACGGAUCCGCGAUCUCUUAAACGAAGUAACUGACGUACUGUAUAAACUGUGUGAAAAGUUCCAGGUGAGAGUUAUUAAUUAUAAACUCAUGGACGACAGAUUCUAAACGGUUUGACAGCUCAAGACAGAUCCU